UUUCGGGUCGGACGCUGCUAUUCAAUUACUUCUGUUUUUGCGGUAUUUAUAUUGAAAAAACGCCGUUUUGGAUAUUUUAGAGAGUGUAAAAUAAGUUUAAUUAAAUAAGACAUCAGAAGAAUUAGCUGUAAAUAGAUUACAGAAUAUUGAUAACUCGGUUCCCACAAUUUACAAGUGUAAAAUAUUCAAAUGAAAAUAUUAUUUGUGAGGAUCUGUUUUGAACGAAAAAUAUGAGUUUUUUACAAAGUACUCUAAUUGAAAAUGAUAAAUGUAGUCUAGACCAAGUUAGUUCGGAAGCAAAAGAAAGUGAGUCUAUUUCAAUGAAAAUAACCCAAUCUCCCAAAAGUGAAUGUGCGAAUAAUGAGCAAACUGAUUUAAGUGUAUUAGAGGACUCCUUAGGUAAGAAAGAAGAUAUACCGGCAUAUGAUGACGAAGAUGAUGACUUAGUGUUAAGAUAUGAUGAUGACGAUGAUUUAGACAUUGUUGGUGGUGAAAUACUAAAUGAGGAUGCUCUUCUGGAAGACAAUACAGAGCUGGCAAAAGUACAACAGCAUAAAACAUGCAACUCUACUCAAAUUCAAGAAGUCAAUCUUGUGGAAGAUGACACAGAUUAUGUUGAGUGUACUGAACCACAAACUAAUAUUCCUAAAAAUAAAAUAGAGUUAGAAAAUCAAUGUAAUGAAAAUUUAGCUAUAGAACAAAGUCAAAUCUGUGUGAAAAGUGACAUGAAUCCGAAUGAAAAUAAGAAAGGAGGUGUUGAACAUGGUUUAAAUAAACCAGAUGUGAUGUUAAUAAUACCAUCACAUGAAUUAAUUGAGUUUAGUGAUGAAGAUGAUCAGGAAUUAGAUACCAGUCCUAAAAUGUCUCCAGAUAUUGAAGAUGUUAUUGAUUUAGAUGAAAACAAUAUUGAUAAUUGUGUAGAAAUGGAUGAAGAUAUGAUUGAGCAAUCAAAUGAAAAUUUAAAAAUUUCUAGUGAAAUAGUUACUGUAGCGAAUGCUGAAGAUAGUACUAUUGUGAUGCAGCAAGUUGAUAUUCAUGAUUUUCCCAAAGAUGUAGAUGUGAAUUUACCAGAAAAUAUUCAAACGAAUAUUACAACCAAUGCAUUAAGCCAUGAAGCUGAGAUAGCAGCUGCUAUUAUAACAAAUGAAAUGAAUUAUGUGGAAGAUGAACCAACUUUUGUCAAAAACAUGGAAAUCUUUCAAGAUAAAAGUGAAUUGAUAAAUGUUUCAUCUGAAAGUAUAGAAGACGAAGAGGAAGAAGAAGAAGUUCAUGAUAAAUUAGACGAAGAUAUUAUAGAAUUGUCUGAUGAAGAGGAACCAAAACAAGUUGCCAUGAAAACUUCUAAAAUUGAAAAUAUAAAAGAAAUGACAGACCUAGAUAAAGAUAUAUUGAACGAUAUAGAUGAAAUCGAUAACAUUAUAUUAUCAAACAAAAUGACUAAGACCAAAUUAAAGAAAAAUACUGUAAGAAAAAGUGAAGACAAUGCUACAAAAUUUGCUAAAUCAAAACCAAAAAUUAUAAAAGUUCAUGAAACUACUUUUGGUAAUACAAAUACUGAUUUAUUACAGGAACAAGAUAUUUCUACUGAAAGUACAAGACUCAUAAUUUCACCAAAUAAUAUGCAAAUAUCACCACCUGAAAUAUUAACAUCACAGCAAAAUAUAGUCAACCAGGAUUUUUCUCUGCAGUCUAAUAUUGAAUCAUCAUUAAACAGCAAUUUAAAAUCAGCACAGGAGAAACUUUGUGGACCAAAUAUGGCUGACUUAAUACCAGCUCAUUCUAAAAUUGAUGACCAUAAUAUAAUUUCUGAAGGUGAACCAGGAAUAUCCGAAACUUCAGAACCAGAUCAGACUUCAAGUAUACCUACAUCAUCAAUAUUAAAUCUAGAGUCAUCAGAAACUAAGACCAUAGUAGUAACAUCAGAAAUAAAUGCAUUAAGAACUUCUAAUGAAAGUUCACAUGAGUCUAAUCUUAAAUUAACAAAGAACUCUGAACCCUCUACAUGUAAAGAUAUACUAGAGACAUCAGAUAAGAAUACAACAAAGGAAUCGGUAUUAAAAACUGCAAUGAAAUCCAAUGAAGGAGGUGAUCAACAACUAUCUACGCCAGUAAUUCAACCUAAAACAUCUGACUUGGUUGAACCAGAACCGUCUACAUCAAAGAUUGAGCCCCAGCCAGAGAUUGAAAAUGAAACAUCAGAUAUAUAUACACCACAAUCACCAACAUCAAUGACUGAAUCGAAAAUAGCAGAUAUUGAACUACAAGCAUCUUCAUCAAAGACGGAACCCGAUACAUCAGAUAUUAUUGAACCACAACCAUCUUUAUCAGACACUAAAACCAAAACAUCAGAUAUUAUUGAACUGCAACCAUCUUCACCAAAGACAGAUACCAAAACAUCAGUCAUUACUGAACUACAAGUAUCUUCAUCAAAUACAGAACCAAAAACAUCAGAUAAUAUUGAACUACAACCAUCUUCAUCAAAGACUGAAACCAAAGCCCCAGAUAUUAUUGAACCACAGCCAUCUUUAUCAAAGACUGAAACCAUAAUUUCAGAUAUUAUUGAACCACAACCAUCUUUAUCAAAGACUGAAACCAAAACAUCAGAUAUUAUUGAACCACAACCAACUUUAUUAAAGACUGAAACCAAAAUAUCAGAUAUUAUUGAACCACAACCAUCUUCAUCAAAUACAGAACCUGGAAAAUCGGAUAUUAUUGAACCACAAUCACCUUUAUCAAAGACUGAAACCAAAAGAUCAAAAAUAAUUGAACCACAACCAUCUUCAUCAAAAACUAAAACCAAAACAUCAGAUGUAAUUGAACCACAACCAUCUUCAUCAAAGAUGGAACCUCAAACAUCAGAUAUUUUUGAACCACAACCAUCAUCAUCAAUCACAGAACCCAAAACAGUUGAUCCUAAACCAUCUACAUCAAAAUGUGACUCAGAAAAAUUGGACUCAAAACCAAACAGUCCAAAAAUUCAGUCAGCAUUUGAUUCUUUAGUUCAGGAUUCAUCAUCAAAUGAUGUUCCAGAAAUGACAGAUAGUUUAGGACUUCUAGCUGAGUGUUCAAGAGUGAUGGAGGAUGAUGAAGAACAUGAUGACGAUGAUUAUGGAGAUGAAGAAGACGAUUUUGAUCCUGAUGAUGAAAGCAGCAAUCAGAUGACAGCAGAACAUUCUGAAGACUCAAACGCUCACCAUUCAGAGUCAGAUGGCCAGAAGGAUCCAGAAACACCAACAACUGAAAAAGAGGAGAUGGUCUUCCAUAUCACUGAAAGUAGCAAUAAAUACAAAGAACCAGAGAAGAUGGAAUGUGAUGAGGAAAAAAUAGAAGAAGCAACCAAAGAAACAGAGAAAGAAGUAGAAGAUGGUGCAGUUGAUAAAACUAAAUCCGCAAGUGAAACAGAUGCAAUAGAUGAUGAAACUGUGAAACUUUCAGACACGGAAGACAAUGAGAAAAAUAAGAAAAAAGAAGAGGAAGAAAAAGAUUUUGAUAAAACAGCAAAUGACUUUGAACAUGAUUCAAGUAUCCAGACGACAACAGCCGUUCGACAGAGUAUAAUGAGUUUUGUGGACUUAGAAGAAAGCUCUUCAGAUGAAGAUAAAAACCAGCAGCAAACGGAUGCAAGUGUUGAGACGAGCGAGCCGCAAGCAAACUUGCCCGCGGACACAUCCAGCGAUGUACCUCAGCCGACUGUGGACAGUGGGAAGAAUAACAACGCUGUUAGAAGUGUCUCUCCCAAUCCUGUGCCUGAGAAAAAGGCCCGCUUUCCCAUGGGACUGGAAGUUUUUACUCUUGAUUCUGAUGAAGAAGAUUCAUCUGAGAAGCAACCCACUGAUAGUACAGCAGUGCCUAUAGAGCCAGCUCCAGAGCCGGCCAAAAAGCGCAAACGCAUCAAGUGCAUCAACAAAUCGUGCAACAGCAAAGACGUGGACAUGACGUACUAUGUAGCGGACGCGCGCACCGAGAAGUUCUUCGAGGUGGACUCCAAGAAACGCGCAUACGUGUGCCAGAAGUGCGUAGAUAUCGUCGAGGCAAGGAGUCUGGAGAUCGUAGAUAGGUUCAAGAACUUCAUACCUCUGUUCCAACUGCACUCCGGUCGAGACCCUGAAGAGCUGGUGGAGAUCUUCGACUCAGAUUCCGAUGAGGAACUGGAACCCGUACCCGUUCAGUUGCAGAAUAUUGGGCAAAAAGGAGCUGAAAUGCUGGAAGACAAAUUGGAGGCCAUGUUGAAUGAGACGUGGGAGAAGUAUCGCUUGGACGAUCGCAUCGUGGAAGCUCAGAAAGAGUUUCAGAAAGAAAUUCAGAAAGUACGUGAGGAGAAGGAAAGGAUCGACGCCAUGUUCAAGGAGUGCCAGGCGGCGACGGACAAGUUGCGCAACUCGCUGUACCUCACCUUCGAGCCCGAGACGCAUGAGAAGCCCGCCAUCAUCGUGUAUGACACGCCCACUUGCUCGUAUUCUUGCUUGGAAUCGGCAGCUCCUCCAAUUAUAACUCAGGUGGAACCACCUUCAAGCACGAGUCGCCAGAACAAGCGUCGUCUAUCGUCGCCCAAGGACAGUGGCGAGUCACCCGCGAAGAAGAACGCACCACCCACCCCCUUACCGGCUCCGGUACCACCCGCGCCGGAGGUUGUUGUUGAACAAGAACCGAAGGCGUACCCGACAACUGUGGAGAGAAUUGAUGACGAUAACACCGACAUAUCGGUGGUGCAGCUGUCGGUGGAGGCGGCGCCCGCGGACCUGCCGCCGCCGGGCGAGCUCACGCACCCGCCCGUCAAAGUCGGCAUGACGGUGUACGCCAUGAAGAACGCCUUCGGCACGUGGCUCAAGGCGAAGGUCGUGGAGAUCACGCCCAAGGCGCAUAACAGACCGUUCACGAUGGUGCGCGUAAGGUUCGAGCACAAAGUGACCAAGAAUCCCUUCAAGACGUUACCAGCGCGCUGCAUCGCUUACUUCGAGCCUUCGGAAGUUAGAAUGACCAUAGGUACUCGUGUGAUAGCGCUGUUCAAGGACAUCACUUCGCGCCAGGCGUACUACUCCGGCGUCGUCGCAGAGAUACCUAAUCCUGUCAAUAACUAUCGGUACCUGAUAUUUUUCGACGACGGCUACGCACAGUACGCGCCGCACUCGCAGACGCGGCUGGUGUGCGAGUUCUCGUCGCUGGUGUGGGAGGAGGUGCACCCUUACUCGCGCGAGUUCGUGCGCGGCUACUUGCUCGCCUACCCCGAGCGGCCCAUGGUGCGUUUGCACGCGGGACAGAACUUGAAGACCGAAUGGAGAAGCAAGUGGUGGUCCUCGCGAGUCAUCAACGUAGACGCGUCGCUGGUGGAGGUCCAGUUCCUGCGCUGCGACCGGCGCGAGUGGAUCUACCGCGGCUCCACGCGCCUGGCGCCGCUGUUCCUCGAGCUGCAGGCCGCGGGCCGCCACCGGCCGCGCGCGAUGCCCCGCACGCAGCCGCAGGCCAGGGUAAACAUGCCGUAUGUGGAGUACACGAGAUCAGACGAGCAAGCGAACAAACAACAGCAAAUGCGCCAACAGCAGAUUGAGGAAACCCGCCGACAGCGCGCGGUGGCCAAGAAGUCGACGACUCCAGCACAAGCAGCGCCGCAGGCGCCCAGCAGCGCUGCCAACCUCGACAAUGUCACCAGCAGAGUUGUUUACUACACGCCCAAGAACGCGGUGAAGCCGUACAAAAUGCGGACCCACACUUGUUCGCCGACCUGCAAGCGGACCGACGUGCUGGCGCUCAAAGACCUGCGCACAUACAACCCCCUGGCGAAACCCUUACUGAGUGGAUGGGAAAGACAGGUGGCGCGCGGGCGCAGCGGCAAGGUGGUGCUGUACGUGGCGCCGUGCGGCCGUCGCCUGCGCAGCAUGCGAGAGCUGCACCGCUACCUGCGCACCACCGACUCCGACAUGCCCGUCGACCUGUUCGACUUCUCCGUCAGCACGCACUGCCUCGCCGAGUUCGUGCUCAACAAGUGCUUCGUGGGCAAGAAGGACCUGUCGCACGGCAAGGAGGUGGUGCCGGUGCCGUGCGUCAACUACUACGACGACUCGCUGCCCGAGUUCUGCUCGUACAACACGGAGCGCACGCCCACCGCUGGCGUGCCGCUCAACCUGGACCCCGAGUUCCUGUGCGGCUGCGACUGUGAGGACGACUGCGAGGACAAGGCGAAGUGCGCGUGUUGGAGGAUGACGCUAGAGGGCGCGCGCACUAUCGGCUGCGAGGGCGACGUGGGGUACGUCUACCGGCGCCUGCCUGAGGCGGUGCUCUCCGGCAUCUACGAGUGCAACUCGCGAUGUAAAUGUAAACAGACAUGCUUAAACCGCGUCGUGCAACAUCCUCUGCAGCUAAAGUUACAAGUGUUCAAGACAAUAAACCGCGGCUGGGGCAUCCGCGCGCUGAACGACGUGCCGAAGGGCGCCUUCCUGUGCGUGUACGCCGGCAACCUGCUCACGGACGCCACGGCUAAUUUGGACGGUCUCACCGAAGGCGACGAGUACCUCGCCGAGCUGGACUACAUCGAGGUGGUGGAACAGUUGAAGGAGGGCUACGAAGAAGACAUCCCGGAGAACACUAAAUCUAAAAACAAGCCACAGUCACAGAAAAAAGACGAGGAAGAAGAAGAAGAAGAGGAUGAGGAAUCAUCGGAAGAAGAGACCAACACUGACAAGAACGAGGAGAAUGAUGGCGAUUUCGAGCCGGGCUACAUAGCACAUGGAGUUACUGAGUUCAGCAAACGUUUAAGACGAAGGAACUCUAAAAAGGAAGAAGCCAAAAACGAAGUGAAGCAACAGGCGAAGGACACGAACGCUGAAGACGAUUGCAUCACCAUCAGUGAUGAUGAAGAAAUACGCGAGCCGUCGUGUUUCACCGCCGCCGCCGGGAUGGGCAAGAAUCCAAUCUCCAAAUAUAGAUCGGUCCGCACGCUGUUCGGUGAGGACGAGGCGUGCUACAUCAUGGACGCUAAGGUUCAGGGCAACAUUGGACGAUAUCUCAAUCACUCGUGCACGCCCAACGUGUUCGUGCAGAACGUGUUCGUAGACACGCACGACCCGCGCUUCCCGUGGGUGGCGUUCUUCGCGCUCAACCACAUCCGCGCCGGCACCGAGCUCACGUGGAACUACAACUACGACGUGGGCUCUGUGCCCGGCAAGGUGCUGUACUGCUUCUGCGGCGCGCAGAACUGCAGGGGCCGGCUGCUGUGAGCGUUAUACGUCAUAGCAAUGUCGCAAGGAUAUGAUAUAAACCUAUGUAUAAAGAUAGCCUUCCGUAUUUGGCGACCGCGACCUGCGACCGUGUCAGGGUCGCACGACCCACUUGUUAUUAUUAUACGUAUUAAUUCAUAUGGAGCACUAAACAAAACUGGUCGCGCGAUGCGAUAAAAUCAUGGAACUAAUUUUGUACACAGGUUUUGUUUUUGUAGCUACCUUGGGCUUUCCAACCAUUUUCAUGCCCUUAGGCUAUUGACCUCUUAUAAUAACAGGACGCACAAUCAUAUAAAAAAAAUCACUUGAAAACUGGCCAAUUUUACUUUAACAGUUAAUUAUUGGUAAAGAAAAUCAUACCUAAAGGCCUUUAAAUAUAGUCCAAUAUUCAACUAAGUCCAAAUACAGAGCAAAUUCAACCUUAAGGAUGGUGUUUAAGGUUGAAUUUGCAAAUGCUACUACUUGAAUUGAGUGCCAAGAAGUUAUGUUUGGCACUCAUUGAGUGUGGACGUUUUUUGGUCGCUGAUUGUACAUCUACUUUUUAAUAGGAGAUCGAUGCCUUAGGCUCAUUAUUAUUUUUGUUCUAUCUGGAAAGAUCUCAAUCUAUGUAAUCUCAUAGUAUUUUGCUUAACUGGUAGCUUUUAUAUGAUAGACUGCAAAAAACACGUCCCGUUGCGUUGAACCUUUUCGAACACGAUAGUACGAAACGUCGUCAAAGAACGGAAUAUUUCUUAUAUAUAAAUUGACUAGCGGACGCCCGCUAGUUAAUUUAUUUGCGUGACUUUUUUUUUAUUUGUUGUGUUAUUCGAGGCGGAGACAUUUGACAAAACAAAAAUCAUAAAUCAUACAGCUAACAUAGAACCUCCUUAUUUAUUGGAAUUUAUUGAGCUAUAAACUGUAUAACUAGUCCAACUUUGUUUUAUAUAGAUAUUUGACAUGACUUAGCCCCCAUUCGCACGAGAGCUUUUUUAACGGACGUUAAAAAAACGUUCAAAUAUAGUAUGAAGUUAAAUGAAGGUCUAUUUCGAACGCCCAAAAUUGAAAAUGCUGCUCGAAAAAAAACUCUCGUGCGAAUAGGAGCUAAUUCUUGUGAUGUGACAAUGUGAAAUAUAAAACAGACAAAAAUCAUAUUAAAUUACUUUCUAACUGAUACUUACUUGGUAGAAAUACGUAGGUAAGAAAAUUUUGUAAUUAUUAUGUAGUACAUAACAGACUUGUUGACAAACUAUUAAUCUUACUUUAAAUGUAGUAAAUCAAACUAAUUAAUAAAUUGGCUGUUUUUCCAUUUUGUGUAAUUCUUUUUUUUUACAUUUGUGGAUAUUUGUGCUUGGACAGAAUAAAUGAUUUUCGAAUGUU